CACUACUUUGUUGUGGUUCCGGGGCCAAGACAAUGGCGCGCUCCCUGCGACUGCACGUGUGGGGAGAGCGCUGGUCCCCAGAGAGGCGCGUGAGCAGAACUAUCAGAUUCCGGGGGCGUGCGGGUUAAAUUCUGCGGCAAGAGUUGCUUACUGGAGGGAACUGGCGCUUCUUCCAAGGAGGAUGGUCUUGGGACGGGGGUAGUUCCUAGGGUGAGCGUGCUUGCGGGAGAAACUGUAUCGCAAGAAAGAGGUGGUUGGAGUGCCCAAGAUGAGAACUGAGGGGGGUGCUUGUGGUCGAGGAGCUGCGGUGUGGUCGAGAAUCCUCGAGUGAGGCUUGUCUAGGGAAGCAGAGAUGCCUGGCAAGAUGGAACGAAGAAGUGGUAGCACGCGGGGAGUUUGGAGAACUUUGUAGAAGGUAUAAAAUUCCCCAACUGAGAUUUCUAGUAUGCCAAGGGUAGCCUAGUAGAUUGAGAGGGUGCUCUAAGCAGGCCCUCAGCAGCCACUUGUAGAGAAGAAAUGUGGUUCCCCAUCCGAUCCUUAUGUGUCCUUUCAAGUCGCGGGGCCUUUGGUGGCAGGUGGAUCCUUGCAGGCAGUCAUUCUUGCAGGCAGUAUAAGAAAGAGACACUUGCAUCCCCAGAGGAACCAGUUCCACCUGUCUCAGUGACAGAGAUCCGCCAAUACUUGAGGGCACAGGGUAUGCCCUUUCAUGAUGGCUAUAGUUGCCUUCACGCACCCAGCAUUUUUGUGGAGGAGCCGCAGGAAGUCCGCCAUAGUUACAGCCUCUUUAUUGACAAAACCACAGGCCGCUUUGUCUGUACAAGUGCAUUGGUUGAGGGUAACUGGCAAGACUUCCAAGCCCAUGUGGAGCUGCGACAUAAAGGGGUGGUUGUUGGUAACGAGACCGAUGCUCAAAGGGACCAAGCUGGGAAGGAUGCCAUGCACAUCUGGGAGCGAGCAUUGCCUCUAUGGCAACUUCUGGAUGAACAGGAGACGCAAGAAGCCAAGGCUAGAUUUGGCAUUUCCAAUGUGUCAAAUGCCACGCUCAAACGUUUUGGUGUGCGUUAUCUGCGAACUGCUCAAGCCUUAGUCUUCCCAUGGUUCAGCCCUUGUGGCACCCACCUGAAAGGGUUAAAGCUUUUGGGUGUUGAGCUUCAAGGAGAAACAGUACGUUAUGUGGAGAACACCCUACCUCGCCCAAGUGCUUACCACAAUCUCUUUGGGCUGCCACUGAUCAGCCGACGAGAUACAGAAGUGAUACUGACGGGCCGGGAAUUGGAUACUUUGGUGCUGCAGCAGGUGACUGGGCUACCCACUCUGGCCUUGCCCCGUGGAAUUUCCUGCCUUCCCCCUGCUCUUCUCCCCUACUUAGAACAGUUCAAGCGGAUCACCCUAUGGUUAGGGGAGGAUCUCCGCGCCUGGGAGGCUGCCAAACUCUUUGCCCGCAAGCUGAACCCUAAGCGUUGUUCUUUGGUGCGACCUAGUGACCAGCAACUCCAGCCACUGGAAGCUUUCGCCCGGGGCAUGAACCUCACCAAGAUUCUGCGCACUGCCCUUCCUGCUGGCCACAAGUCCAUCAUUUCAUUUCGCCAGCUGCGGGAAGAAGUGUUAGGGGAGCUGACCAAUGUGGAGCAAGUGGCUGGUAUCAAAUGGGCUCGUUUCCCGGAACUGAACAAACUCCUCAAGGGCCAUCGCAAAGGGGAGCUCACUGUCUUCACAGGUCCAACAGGCAGUGGGAAGACAACUUUCAUCAGUGAAUAUGCCCUGGAUCUCUGCAUGCAGGGGGUGAACACCUUGUGGGGUAGCUUUGAGAUCAACAAUGUGCGUUUGGCCAAGAUCAUGCUUACCCAGUUUGCCAUGGGGAGACUGGAAGAGCAGCUGGAAAAAUAUGAUGAAUGGGCAGACAAAUUUGAAGAUCUUCCUCUCUACUUCAUGACUUUUCAUGGGCAUCAGAAUAUCAAGACGGUGAUAGAUACCAUGCUGCAUGCUGUGUACAUGUAUGACAUCAGCCAUGUUGUCAUUGAUAAUCUCCAGUUCAUGAUGGGCCUGGAGCAGCUCAGUGUGGACAGGCUCGCUGUCCAGGACUACAUCGUGGGUGCUUUCCGGAAGUUUGCCACUGAGAACAGUUGCCAUGUGACACUGGUCAUUCACCCCCGGAAGGAAGAUGAAGAGAGAGAGUUGCAGACGGCUUCGAUUUUUGGGUCUGCAAAAGCCAGCCAGGAAGCUGACAGUGUGCUGAUCCUGCAAGACAGGAAGCUGGUGACAGGCCCCGGCAAGCGCUACCUGCAGGUCUCCAAGAAUCGCUUUGAUGGGGAUGUCGGCGUCUUUCCUCUGGAAUUCAGCAAAGCAUCCCUCACUUUCUCUACCCCCAUCAAAAGCAAAACCAAAUUGAAAAAGGUAAAGGAUGACAGUGGGGUGCCCCCCAAGAAAGCUUCAGCAGGUGCUGGUGGGGCGUCGAAGAAGCAGCGAUCCCAGGCACCCAGCACAGCCCCUGCCCCUGGGACCUCCCCUGAUGGAUUUUCCUCUCCAUGAGGAGGAGAACUGGGAUAUUAUUCAGAAAGCCAGCAAAGUCACUGCCUCUUGUUUGAGUGCAGCAUCAACAACCUGACUCUGAACAAAGGCAUUGACCAGAUCUACCUGGUUCUGUUGCCAGUUGUUUUCCCUUUGGAAUCAAGUGUUCCAGAUCUCUUGUAACGAGAUCUGUGGUCAGAAGCAGGAAUCGCAAUAUUCUUUACUAUCAAGCAAUAAUCGGGAGACAAGACUUGGAUUUCUUCUGCAUUCUACUGAAGACAUAUCGGGAGCAGGGAGACACAUAACACAUGCACACACAUCACUGAAAUGAGCUUGCAGUUUACUGGAGUAAGUGCAAGGAAGUAUCUGUGUUUUGUGGUCUUCAGUUCAGGCUUUCGCCACGCCUGGCUUUCUCUCUGUUCUCAGUUGUUGCAGACGACAGAAAAUGUCAAAAAGGAACCCUGGUGUGUGCAAGUUGUUGCCUGUGAUUCUUGCACUAAUAUGUGGAAAAAAAUGAAGGUUUGUAAGCUAUUAUGGUUACAGAUCUCUGUCAUGGGAUCACAAAUGCUAGAUGUAGUGUGCGUCUGGAUUACAAAACAACUGGUUUGUAUUGUAAUGUUGUGGCAACUCUGCUUUCGUUCUCAGGCUAAGGACUUGGAACGACAGAGCGAGUUGAAGGUUGGGCCAAUGAGGAAUCAAUAAGGCUUAAGAUUAACUACAUCAUGGGUUUGACAGGGGUAUUGAAAGAGCUACCUGAGAUUCUUGGCUGUGGGGUGGAGUUAAAUCAUUGGCAUAAAAAUUAUUCCUUAUGUGCCUGGUCUUACUGGCUCUGAGCUUUACUGUUCUAGCCUAACGUGGAUUCUGGUGAGGAGUCUGUCUGAAGGAAAAACCACACUACUCUAGUAUUCCAGAGCGGUUAUUGAAAAGCUGCCAUUAAGAAAAGUAAUGCAGCUUUAUUGAAAAAGCUUUCCAUGCCAUUAAUGGUUUCCUCAAACAUUUCCGGUAAAAGUUUGGAUUUAUUUCCUUGGCGUUUCCCUUUUCAGUUUAAGCAGUGCAAUUUUAGGAGAUGCCACAUCUAACGUAUCGCUGUUCAGGAAGAGUGGAAUUGAAAAAUCAAAUAUGUAAUUCUUACAAACCAAUUUAGAAAAUGCUGCUUCUUGAAAAAUGUACAGGCUAUAACACUUUGACAUGGAAGUAAUGUACAUUAUUUCAGCCUUUUCAGUUUGAAUAAUAUCUGGAACUUUUUCUUAAGGUUGAUAAAACAUUAUCAGAUUGAUAAUUUUGACUGAUUUGGUGUAACCUGACACUGGAAGGAGGAACCUCCAUCAUUAACUGUAUUUGGAAUAGUCUGUGCAUUCUGGAAUGCAGGAAUUAUGUUUACUUGACAUUGUGUUGGAUAUUAUGUCAUUUAUUUAAAUUUUAAAAAUCUGUUUCUAUUUUA